CUCGCUCCCGGGGCGUCGCCCCGCGUGCGCCGAAGUCGCCGAGGCCACCCCCGGCACCGGAAGUGACCCUGGCGAGUUUGCCUUCAAAUUCUUGGCGAGCUGAAGCUUCGUAGGGGGCUGGCGGCGGUUGGACCCGGCACUGCUGGGACGGUGAGCACCGAGCUGGGUGGUUGGGGCUGGGCAGGGCCCUCGUUCCUCGCCCGGAGCCCCGCUCCACCCUGCCCCUCCACCUGUCGGUGGGCGGUUUCCGAGGAGCCUCGGCCUCCACAGCUUACAUGUGAGCAUGAGUCUUCUUAUGAUUAGUGAGAAUGUAAAAUUGGCUCGUGAAUAUGCGUUGUUGGGAAACUAUGACUCUGCGAUGGUCUAUUAUCAGGGAGUUCUUGACCAAAUGAACAAGUAUCUAUACUCAGUCAAAGAUACAUACCUCCAGCAGAAAUGGCAACAGGUGUGGCAGGAAAUAAAUGUGGAAGCUAAACAUGUUAAGGAUAUCAUGAAAACACUAGAGAGCUUUAAAUUAGACAGUUCUCCAUUGAAAGCUGCACAGCAUGAGCUUCCAGCUUCUGAGGGAGAAGUCUGGUCCUUGCCUGUACCUGUUGAACGAAGACCCUCACCAGGUCCUAGAAAACGCCAAUCUUCUCAAAACAGUGACCCUAAAGCACACAGUAACCGUCCAAGUACAACUGUCAGAGUUCACCGUCCAUCUGCACACAAUCUUCAAAAUGACAGAGGGAAAGCUGUGCGUUGCCGGGAAAAGAAAGAACAGAAUAAAGGAAGAGAGGAAAAGAACAAAUCACCUGCCGCAGUUACAGAACCAGAAACCAAUAAAUUUGAUAGUACUGGAUAUGAUAAGGACUUAGUAGAAGCUUUGGAAAGAGAUAUAAUUUCUCAGAAUCCCAAUGUUCGAUGGGAUGAUAUUGCUGAUUUGGUAGAGGCUAAAAAGUUGCUUAAGGAAGCUGUGGUGUUACCAAUGUGGAUGCCAGAAUUCUUUAAGGGCAUCAGGAGACCGUGGAAAGGAGUGUUGAUGGUUGGCCCACCUGGCACGGGAAAGACCCUCCUUGCUAAAGCAGUAGCUACAGAAUGCAAGACAACAUUCUUCAAUGUCUCUUCAUCAACGCUGACUUCUAAAUACAGAGGAGAGUCUGAGAAGCUUGUUCGUCUUCUGUUUGAAAUGGCUCGAUUUUAUUCUCCAGCCACCAUAUUUAUUGAUGAGAUUGAUUCCAUCUGUAGUCGCAGAGGGACUUCUGAAGAGCACGAAGCAAGCAGGAGGGUGAAAGCCGAGCUGCUGGUUCAGAUGGAUGGUGUUGGAGGUGCUUCUGAAAAUGAUGACCCUUCCAAAAUGGUUAUGGUUCUGGCAGCUACUAAUUUUCCCUGGGAUAUUGAUGAGGCUUUAAGACGACGUCUUGAAAAAAGAAUCUAUAUUCCAUUACCAUCAGCAAAAGGCAGGGAGGAGCUAUUACGAAUAAGUCUCCGUGAGCUGGAAUUGGCUGAUGAUGUUGACCUUGCACGUAUAGCAGAAAAUAUGGAAGGUUAUUCAGGUGCGGACAUUACCAACGUGUGCAGGGAUGCAUCCUUGAUGGCAAUGAGAAGGCGUAUUGAAGGUUUGACCCCAGAAGAAAUCCGAAAUCUUUCAAGAGAAGAAAUGCACAUGCCCACAACUAUGGAGGAUUUUGAAAUGGCUUUAAAAAAGGUUUCUAAGUCAGUAUCUGCUGCAGACAUUGAAAGAUAUGAGAAAUGGAUAUUAGAAUUUGGAUCAUGCUAAUUCUCACAUGUAAACUGUGAGAAACCUGCCUUAAGUGUUUGAAUAAUUAAAUGUAGUAUUUCAUUGCACGGAGUGCUAUAUUUUUUUAAACUUUCAUAAUGGUAAGAUUUUUUUUAAAAAACCGUAUGAUUCUGAAUAAAGGCAAUUUUUUAAAGCUGUAAGCAA